GAAGGAGUUGCCGAGACCCCACAAUCACCAUGAGGGGGAGGAGGGAGAGGGAGCCCCCGAGGGAGGGAGACUGGCUUCUUCCCAGGGAGAUGGGCACGCAGGCCGAGUCCACCAAAGGAACGAGGCUUCCUGCGCCCCGAGAGCGGGCGGCACAAACAGCUUUCUGGCCUUUCAGAAGUGAGGCAAGCAUCCUGGAGGAGAAACAGUUGCCCAAGCAGUUAGCCCCACCCAGCUGUGGGUUCCUCUGCUGCACAAACAGGGCCCACAGCCCCAGAAGGACAGUGACGGGCCAGGUUCCCAGAGGACUGCCCGGCUGUGAGCUUGGGGCCUGGGCUCUGAGUUCAGAGAGCAAGGGCUGCGUGCUGAGUGGCCUCCUGGGCGAGGUGACAGAUGCCCCUGGCUUCCACAGUGGGAGGAGCCUUGGCCUGGUCUCUGGAAAGCUGAGGGACCCUCCCUGCUCUCCUGAGCCCUUGAGUAACACUCCCUUGAGGAUGGAAUGGACCAAGCCACUCACCUCUGAUCAACAGCGCACAGCUGCCGCCAGAGCAGGGCACAGCCUGUCUCCGCGGUCGGCCCGCCCCGCUGACCGUGCUGUUCCUCAAGAGCAGGCCGCCAGGAGGUUCUCCUGCAGGAACCAGCGGAGACCAGCCGGGUGCAAGAUGGCUGCCCAGGGCCUCUGACAGACCCGAGCCUCCUUAUCAUCUAAUCUCCAUGCCCAAUGACACCCAGCGGGGCCAGGACCGUUGACCAUGGCCAUGGUCGCGGCCAGGAAGGACCAGACAGGGAAAGACACCAGGUGGUGCCUGGUCGCCGAAACUGCACCCCCUUCCUGAAAACCUGGUGCCACCCCUCCUGCCAAGCUCUGCAGCCCGUAUCUGGCUCUGCCUCCCCUGGGGGUGGGGAGGUUGGUCCCCGAGCCAGGCUCCUGCUGCCCCCUUCUUUGGCCACAGAAUAGAACUUUGCUCUUGAUGCUGGA